UCGCGACCGCUGCGUUUGCUUGUAUGUAUAUUGGUAAGGGUGUAUAAGAUACAACGAACGAGCGACACUCAGUUCAUUCGUUAGCAGACAAUCCAUUGGUGAAGUGUUGUUUCUCUGUGUCGCCGCUGGAAGAAUUUCAUAACUGUGUGCAAUUUGAGUUUUUCCAAUCGUUGUUCAUAUUCACGCAAAUUUUUGUGAAGAAUUUGGCUCAUUUUCAAAAUUAAUCAUUUUCGUGCGUUAUUUUGGAUACAAAAACAAUGGCAAAUCAAGUCGGAGCUGUACAAAAAGUGCCCAAGCUAAGUGGAAAUCCAUCAUCAUUUCAACCAUUGCGCAUCACUUCGAUAGAUACUGACACGACUCAUCUGGCUAUGAAAAAUCUUGGUCUACACACGGCCGAUGCAUCAUCAAACAAUUUGAAACCAAAUGACGGCCAGGAAGCGCGAGAGCUGCAGAUUAAACGGUGCAUCGAAUCAUUGAUUCACGCAAUUCGUUGUGAAAACCAAGAAUGUGCUCAGUCAUCAUGUGGCAAAAUGAAACGUAUUUUGGCACAUAAGAUGAUUUGCGUUCGAAACGUCAACGGUGAAUGCCAAAUUUGCAAACAAUUCUAUGCAUUGUGCUGCUAUCAUGCCAAAGACUGCAACGUUGACAAGUGCGUCGUUCCAUUUUGUACGAAAGUUAAAUCCAAUCAGAAAAUCAACAAGGGAUUCGCUCGUAGUCGUGUUCUUGGCUCAAAUCCGAACAACCUGGGAUCAUUUCCAACGCAGAUGCUUUUGCCACGGAUGUUCAACCAAACAUCACCAUUGGCAACAUAUUUCGGUCGUCCUGUCCAAAUUGCACCAACCCAAUAUCCGUUUGCACUCAACAUUCCACCGGUGAUUCGCAGACCACCACCAACCGUCUUUCACGGUCCGAAUUCAUACAGCGUGAUUUCGAGUUUUGAUCAAUUUGUUCAGCAGCAACCAAAGCCAUACAUUGUCAACGAUCCUGAGAAGCAAAGUGCAUCUCCGAAAACAAAUGAACUCGCCAGCAAAGAGUGGCACAAAUCCAUCACGCCCGGUCUUCGAAAUCAUUUGGUAGAUAAGGUGCUACAAGCAAUAUUACCGAAGUCCACUCCAGCAGCAUUGCUCAAACCACAAAUGCCCAAUUUGGUUGCGUACGCCAAGAAAUUCGAAAAUGAUAUGUACGAAAUGGCAAAUUCGAGAUCGGAAUACUAUCACCUGUUGGCCGUGAAAAUCUACAAAAUUCAAGGCGAAUUGGAGGAGAAACGUCAAAAACAGAAAGCAAACCGCAAAAAUGCACCCGCCAAACCGUAUGAUCGCCUCGUAUCCAAGUUGUAAUGAUGCCAUUCAUUUGAGACACCAGGCUUUGAUUGAGUAGUGACGGAACUCGCAGCUAAAAACCAUUUUCAACGAAUUCAGAACAUUUAUCGGAAAAGAAAAAUCGAAAGGAAAAUUCGCAGUUACAUUCUAAGCAGCUCUUUUCAAUUUCUAGCAAUUAAGUGACAGUAUCUCAAAGAAUCCACCUCAUAUUAUUAUUCGUCUUACAUUAAUAAGCACCAAUCAUCAAAAAUUAUGAUUAGAUUUUUUUUUCCUCACCCUAGAUAAUAUUAUGCCCAUCUCAUUUUGAAUAAAAAUAAAUAGCUAACGUGUCUCAA